GGGAUCGUAUCGAGGAGAAGUUCUUCACGGCGAUGAAGAAGGACGGCUCCUACCGAACCCGUGACCAACUCACUUCCAAAUGGGACACAUCAACAAAAAAGUCCGAAAGUUUAUGGGAGUAUACGAGGAAUGCUCCUGGUCCCGGAGGAGCGGCACGAACGACGCUGAUGUUCUCCGGCUUGCCACGACCCGGUAUCAAGACGACGGGAACCAAGGCAAGGUGCCCAUCGAUCUUUGGAGGAUUUUGAGUCGUUCCCCGAAGUGGCAACAACUCAACAAUCCCGACGGCGGAUCGUUCCGGAAAAGAUCCACCGUCGACGCCGAGGUUGAGGUCGACGAGACCAUUGGUUCUACCGAUCAAAUCCCUUCCUUCAACGUUGCGGCUUUCGAUGAUGAGGACCCCAUUCCACGGCUGAUCGGAAGAAAGAAGGCAAAAUCCAUUGCCUCUGGUUCGGGAGGGUCCGCCUCUGUUUCCGCUUCUCCCCGUGACGAAAUCGGCCUGACAAUGGUUGAACAACUUCGGGCGUUCAAUCUCCAAGAACAGGAGAGGUUGAAGCUUAAAGUGAAGGAGUUGAAACUAAAGGAGCAGGAGGCCGAGAUGAAAGUCAUGCAAACCGACCCCGGGACGUUGUCGGAGUUUGGACGAAUUAUCUACGAGCAAAGAAUGAGAGAGAUCAAGGAGAAAUAUAAUUUACCUUAGUUUUUUUUAAUUACAUAGAAAAAAAAAUUUAAUAACAGCGAAAAAAAUAAAUUAAUUACACAAAAAAAUAAUAAGCACAAAGUUAAAUU